UGUAUGUUGGGAUAACACUGCUGGAAGCUGCUCGGGAACUUUAGGAAUGGCGCAACUCCAUCCGGGCAAAAUACUGAUGCAAAAGCCAUUCACACAUAUUCAGUGUCUUUAGUAAAUUCUCGUUGAUCAUCGAUAAAGUGGGAGAUUGUAUAAAGACAGCGUGACUGCAUGAUGAUUUGUGAGGGUAUUCAACAACACUGCGACAAAGUUUUUUUGCCGCUAAUCUUCUCGCCUCUCCAUAAUAUGCCAAUAUAAUGCAGUGUUUGAAGCAGUAAAGUUUGAUGCAGAAAAGCAGUGUGGAGCCUGACUGAAGAUACACAAGCACUCACACCUGCUGCUGGAGUUUGUUUAGGGACACAUCUGGAUUCAUCAUACCUUUCUGAAUUAAAAAUGAAAGUGACAGUGAGUUUUGGAAGGACUGGUGUUGUUGUCCCAUGUAAGGAAGGCUGGACAGUGCGAGAUCUCAUUCAGCAAGCCACCCAGAGAUACAGAAAGCUACUAGAGCAGGAGGGAGAUUUCCUGGUACGAACCCACCAUGUUGAAUACUGUGAUGGGGGUAUUCUUGACCCUGAUGAUGUGCUAUCAGACCUAGUGGAGGACAAGGACAAGCUGAUCGCAGUGUACGAGGAACAGGAGGCCCAGCAGAGGGGCGCCAUGAGUCCCGGGAAUGGAACAAGGACAAGUAGCAGCCUAACGGGACAGUCCAGCCCAGAACCCUAUGACUCUGAACUCGCAUGCUUCCAGCCAAUCAAAGGAGGAGAAAUUGAAGUCAACUCCUCUGCCCUCAAGUCCAGUACUCCUCUACUAGUACGGAGCAGUAGUGAUUCUGCUCUUGGACCUCCUCAGAUGGAAGAUAUGAAUGGCAGAGCCAUGGGGAUGCACGUACAGGCUGACAUGGACUUUACAGCCAAGGAAACCGGCAACAACAAAUCUGGCCCUUUUGGUGUCAACAGCCUCACAAAGACGGUGGAGAUUUCAGGAGAACAAGGGCCUCUAGGAAUACACGUGGUGCCGUACUGUUCCUCUCUCAGCGGAAGGGCUCUAGGCCUGCACAUUCGAGGCGUGGAGGAGAACAGUCGCUCGAAAAGAGAAGGCAUCUUUCAUGACGAUGAGUGUAUCGUUAAAAUUAAUGAUGCUGAAUUAUUGGACAAAUCCUUUUCACAAGCACAGGAAAUAUUCCGUCAAGCCAUGCGUUCACCCAUCGUUCGUUUAGAAGUUGUUCCAGUUUUUAAUAAAGAACGCUUUGAGAAGACUCUGAUCGGCCACCUCUUCAACUCCGAAAACCCUGAUGCAUCCAUACGGACGAAAGACCCUCCGCCGCUGAAGGUGAAGCCUACGGUGAGGCCUGUGGAGUCUUCCUCAGGAUGGCAAGCCGAGUCCAGCAGCAGUCCUGAGAGUCGCUCUCUGGGCUCUCCAUUACCCGUCAGCCUCUCUCCCACCCCCAGAGGCAAGAAUGCCGAAAGCCCCCUCCUAAAAAACAGCUUGGGACCCUCACCUCUUCAAAUCCAAAACAAAAAGGGUGGAAAGAGACUCAGAAUCGACCUUAAGAAAGGUCCUGAAGGUCUGGGCUUCACCGUUGUGACCAGAGAUUCUUCAGUGCACGGGCCCGGCCCCAUCCUCGUGAAAAACAUCUUACCAAGAGGAGCUGCUGUCAAAGAUGGCCGCCUGCAGUCUGGUGACAGGAUACUAGAAGUGAACGGUGUGGACAUUACAGGCCGCUCUCAAGAGGAACUGGUGGCCAUGUUACGCAGUACUAAACAUGGGGACAGUGUGUGUCUGGUUGUGGCCAGACAGGAAGACAUGUUCCUUCCACGUGAGCUGAAAGAGGAGCAAGCCCGCUUGCUGCUUUCUGAGGAAGGAAAGGAGCAGCUGAUGUUUGAGGUCCCGCUCAAUGACUCGGGCUCAGCUGGGUUAGGGGUCAGCCUGAAAGGUAAUAAGUCCCGAGAGACCGGCGAGGACCUGGGCAUCUUUAUCAAGUCCAUAAUCCAUGGAGGAGCAGCUUUUAAGGAUGGGCGUCUACAUAUCAAUGACCAACUGAUUGCUGUCAAUGGUGAACCGCUCUUGGGGAAGUCCAACCAUGAAGCCAUGGAGACCCUGCGGAGGUCCAUGUCCAUGGAGGGGAACCUGAGAGGAAUGAUCCAGUUGGUGGUGCUCCGUGCUUUAGUACAACCUAACCAGGAGUUCCAGGAAGCACGGCGAAUUCUCAAUCGAUCCUUUGAUAGCUGCGUGGGACAGGCAGGGCACCUCGGCCAAUCAGACGGCGCCGCUCAGCCCCCCAUGGUGAUGAACAGCAUCUAUGAGCGAUGUGCGGUUUCAAAUGGGGGAUACAGUCACAUGGAGGAGGGGGAUGAUGAAGGCUUCGCAGCUAAUCCUCAUGGACAGGACAGCCUGAAGCUUCAGCAGAGUCUGAGUUCAGGUCUUCAUUCAGCUGACACUUCUUUGACUGACGGAGUUCAGCAGAAUCAUGUGAAGUCUUCUAAGAGCAUGGAUCUGGUGAGCGGUGGCAUGGAGUUGGGACCCACACUAGGGCUAAAGAAGUCCAGCUCUCUAGAGAGUCUGCAGACUGCCAUGACAGAGGCCAAGAGGAACGAGCUACUGCCCUUCCACAGGCCCCGCCCACACAUGGUCAGAGGGCGUGGCUGCAACGAGAGCUUCCGCGCAGCAAUCGACAAAUCAUAUGACGGCCCACCAGAGGAUGAUGAUGAUGAGGGGUCCGACCAGAGCUCUGGACGAGACACUCCGGUUAGUGGCUCCUCCAGACAAGGUGUGGGCGACAAUGAGGAGAACAAGAAAGACAAAAAGAAGAAAGCCAAAAGCAAAAAGAAAGAUAAGUUGAAAAGCAAAGGAAAGGAGAAAGAGAAGAAGAAACCAGAGGAGGUCGGUGAUGAGUUGGAUAAGAAGACCAAGAAGAAAGGAUUCGGGUUGCUUAGAUUUGGAAAGAAAAAAGAAGAAAAAAACAAGACAGAGACAAAGAUGAAUGCACAGAAGCAGACGUCAGAAAUUCUGAGUGAAGAGGAGUUGGAGAGGAUGAAGGAAGAGAGAGAAAGAAUUGAGGCUAAGCACCAGGAGUUGAGGGAACGGCAGAUUCGGGACCGGUUCUCCCCACCUGACGUGGAGGAUGAUGACCUGGACCCGAACUACGCCCGCAUCAACAACUUCAGGGAGCGCGUAUCACCUUCCCAGCCGCUAUACGGGAACCGCAGCCCCUCUCCGCAGAGACCCCCGCCCCCAGUAUCCCACAGCAGAGAGCCGUCCACAGAAGACCCUCUGGACGGCCUGUAUGCCAAAGUCAACAAACAACGAAGCCCUCCACCUACUGCUGCAGACAGCAGUAUGGACCGUAUCCAGCAGCUGAGGAGGGAGUAUCUUCAGGCUCGUAUAGAGGGAGCAGCUCCAUCCUAUGAGGAACUUGAGGCCCGACGGAGAGGACCAGAGUACGACCAACACAGAAUGCCAGUGAGAAACCCUGACCCCAGGCUGACACCACGAUAUGAGGAUGCCGAGCGACAGUACGCUUCCCUGCCCAGAAGAGCACCAGUCGAACCUAUUGAGUAUCCAAUGCAGCCGUGGGCCGGACACAGGGAGCCCUCGCACUACCCAAACCAACAGUCAGGCUACCACCCCAGCUACAUUCCCAGGGAUAACUACCCUCACCCGGUGGACCCUCGGCAGAACGACUCAGGGUUCUAUCACCCUCCUCCGCAGCAGAGAGGCCCCCUCCGGCAGGAUGUGCCCCCUUCUCCCACCAUACCCCUACGAGGCCCUCGCUUCGAGACCAUGAACCGCAGGGGCUACCGCAACAGCAGCCCAGAGCGCUAUACGUACGGAGAGGCACGACACUCAGACCCGAGACAGAAGAGUCCAAUGACGGCAGCUGUUUAACCUCACCCUUUGUUUUUUACCUUGGGUACGAUGUUUCUCGAGCAAGCACCAGUGUGCACACCAUUUUGGACAGGCACAUUUAUCCUACAAAUGUGUUUACGUGUUUUUUACUA